AUGAAGGACCUCAACGGGACAGAACGUGCAGUCAAAGAAUUCUAUCUGGUGGGCGUCCCGGGACUUCAGGACCGCCAGAAUCUUCUGUGCAUUGUGUUUCUGCUACUCUACAUGGCAGUGAUGGCUGGUAACCUCCUGAUGCUGUACCUGGUGCUCCUGGACCAGAGGCUCCACACUCCCAUGUACUUCUUCCUCUGUCACUUAUCUGUCUUAGAUGUCCUCCUGUCGACUCUCAUCCUACCAAAAAUGAUGGCCGUCUUCUUGCUUGAGGACAGACUCAUUUCUUUUGCCGGAUGUUUCCUGCAGAUGUAUUUGAUUCUGGCAUCUGGAAGUACAGAAUACUUAAUCAUGAUAGUCAUGGCCUACGACCGAUACGUUGCAAUUAUGAAGCCGCUUCACUACCAUCUCAUUAUCAACGGUAAAGUCUGCGUUGUGUUGACCACUGUAGCCUGGGCCCUGGGGUACACGGCCCCUCUACUCCAUGUCCUCGAUGCCAUGUCACUUCCAUACUGCGGCCCCAAUAUCGUGCAGUACUGCUACUGCGACUACUCUUCAGUGGCGUCCCUGGCGUGUGCAGAUGUUACCGAUGUUUUGAAAAAGGCAAAUGUUGCUGCCAUGUGUGUUGUAAACAUCCCCCUGGCACUUAUACUUGGAUCAUAUUUCAUAAUAAUCCUACAUAUUUACUCCCGGAGUACGGAAGACUGCAAGAAAGCUUUUUCCACGUGCGCCUCCCAUUUGUUCAUUGUGUCCGUUUCUUACUUCUCGACUGAUUUGCUGUAUAUAACAGCUGUGACUGGCAGCGUGUCUGCCGAUAACCGAGUCAUAAUGGGAGUGUUAAGUUACUUGCUGACGCCGCUAUUGAACCCCAUCGUUUACAGUCUGAGGAAUAAGCAAAUCAAGCAGGCCUCCGAGAAAUAUCUUACCUUCUCGUGCGGAUCCAAAACUCUUUAG